ACAUUUUUCUUCCUCUCUGUAAAGUUAGGUGAAGAGGAUUAUGUGUCUGUCUCUCUCUUCCUUAUCUCUGAUAGUCACUCCCAUAUUGAUUGUUUUCAUGGGCUUAUAUAUCUAAUUUCUCCUUAACCUCUUUCCUGAUAAUGCUUAAAGCCCAGUUGGGUUUGUCUCCUCUUAAUUAACGCAACCAUAGAGACCAAGAUUUCCUGGACUCUCCCAAAGUCUCUGUUUUUUGGUUACCAUGCAUUUUCCCCAUCUCAGUUUCUAUUCUUUUCUUCCCAUUCUCUUUGAUCACAUGCACCUCUAAGCAUUUUUCCGGAGUUGGGUACCCGAUCAAAUGGUGCUUCAGUUUUGAGCUCUCCAAAGAUUUCAUCUUUCAUUCAAAGUUGUGAAGCAAACCUGUUAGGUGUUGUUUUUCGUAAGAUGGUUUCUUCUCACCUGGAAAUGAUGUUGCACUUGGGACUCCUGUUGUUAUGUUUCUGUCUUGGCUCCACCAACUCAUUAGAUGAGCAAAGUCUUUUCCUUUUGGAGUUCAAGAGAUCUUUGUCUGAUCCAAGUAACAAUCUUGGAAGCUGGAAUUCCUCACAUUUGAGUCCUUGCAAUUGGACUGGUGUGAGGUGUCUCAAGUCCAAGGUAACUUCUAUAAAUCUCACUGGCCUUAAUUUGUCUGGUGCUUUAUCUCCAAUCAUAUGCAAUCUUCCUUCCUUAGUUGAAUUCAAUGUGUCCAAGAACUUCUUCUCUGGCCCAUUUCCCAAUGGUCUGGCUAACUGUCAUAAUCUAGAGAUUCUAGACCUUUGCACAAAUAGGUUUCAUGGGGAAUUGGAUACCACAUUCACCAAACUGACCAACCUGAGGAAGUUGUAUGUCUGUGAGAAUUAUGUGUUUGGUGAAAUGCCUGAGGAGAUAGGGAACUUAACUCGUAUUGAAGAGCUUGUGAUUUAUAGUAAUAAUCUCACUGGCUCCAUUCCUGAGUCAAUUAGUAAGUUGCAAAAUUUAAAAGUCCUCAGGGCGGGUAGAAAUUCUCUUUCGGGACCAAUCCGUGCUGGUAUCAGUGAAUGUCAGAGCUUAGAGGUUUUGGGGUUGUCACAGAAUCGUUUAGAAGGUUCAAUUCCUAGGGAGCUUGAAAAACUUCAGAAUCUGACUGAUAUGAUCCUUUGGCAAAACCAUUUAACCGGUUCGGUUCCUGCUGAGAUUGGUAAUCUAAGUAGGCUAGAGUUGCUUGCCUUGCAUCAAAACUCUUUUGAAGGAAUGAUUCCCAAGGAACUUGGGAGGUUAUCACAGCUGAAGAGAUUGUAUAUGUACACCAACCAGUUGAAUGGAACUAUCCCAAGUGAACUAGGGAAUUGUACCAGUGCGGUUCAUAUAGAUUUUUCUGAGAACCAGUUAAGUGGAGUCAUACCGCCGGAGUUGGGUUACAUUCCUAAUCUCGUGUUGCUUCACCUCUUUGAAAAUCAUCUGGAAGGAAAUAUUCCGAGGGAGCUUGGGGAGUUGAAGCAGCUGCAGAUGUUAGACUUGUCCAUAAACAAUUUGACUGGCCCAAUCCCUCUAGAAUUUCAAAACCUUACUUACAUGGAUGAGUUGCAGUUGUUUGAUAAUCAUCUUGAGGGUGAAAUUCCACCUCUACUUGGAGCUAACAGUAAACUUAGCGUUCUUGACAUGUCUGCAAAUAAGCUUGUGGGCAGCAUACCUGCACAUCUUUGCGAAUAUGAAAAAUUAGCAUUUCUAAGCCUUGGGUCAAAUAGGUUGUCUGGAAAUAUUCCUUCUGGUAUUAAAACAUGCAAGUCUCUAGUGCAACUUAUGCUAGGAGACAAUCAUCUUGCAGGGAGUCUGCCUAUGGAGUUAUAUACUCUUUCUGCUCUUGAAGUCUAUCAGAACCGAUUCUCAGGACCUAUACCUCCAGAGGUAGGCAGGUUUAAAAGUUUAGAGAGGCUACUAUUGGCAGAUAACUAUUUUAUUGGGUAUAUUCCUCCUGAGAUUGGCAACCUAUCGCAGCUUGUGACCUUCAACUUGUCCUCUAACAGGCUCACGGGGAGCAUUCCUCGUGAGCUUGGAAAUUGUACAAGGUUACAGAGGCUUGAUCUCAGUAGGAAUUACUUCGCUGGAGUUAUCCCGGAAGAACUGGGAAAGCUAGUGAAUCUUGAACUUUUGAAGCUUUCUGAUAACAAGUUGAUGGGAGGGAUACCGAGUACUCUAGGGGACCUUGCCCGAUUGACUGAGUUGCAGAUGGGGGGAAAUCACUUUUCUGGUAACAUCCCUUUUCAGUUGGGCCAACUUAGUGCUCUACAAAUUGCGCUCAAUAUGAGCCAUAAUAAUCUUUCAGGUGAAAUUCCUGAAAAGUUGGGGAACUUGCAGAUGUUGGAAUCCCUCUACUUGAAUGAUAAUCAGCUUGUUGGUGAGAUUCCUGCCUCAAUCGGUGAAUUGCUAAGCCUUAUGGUGUGCAACCUCUCUAACAAUAACUUAGUGGGAACUGUGCCAAACACACAAGCAUUUCGGCGGAUGGACUCUUCAAAUUUUGCUGGAAACAAUGGAUUGUGCAGAUCAGGCUCAUACCGUUGUCAUCAAUCCACAGUGUCUCAUACUCCAAAACGAAGCUGGUUAAAGGAGGGUUCAUCUAAAGAGAAAUUAGUAAUCAUCAUUGCUGCUGUAAUUGGAUUAAUUUCCUUGAUUCUUAUAGUCGGUUUCUGUUGGGCAAUGAGGCGCUCCAGACCUACUUUUGUUCCACUUGAAGAUCCAAUCAAACCAGACGUGUUGGACAACUAUUACUUUCCAAGGGAAGGUUUGAAGUACCAGGAUCUUGUUGAAGCCACCAACAAUUUUUCUGACAAUGCAGUUCUGGGAAGGGGAGCCUGUGGCACUGUGUACAAAGGUGUUAUGACUGAUGGGGAGGUGAUUGCAGUUAAAAAGCUCAGGGCACAAGGGGAAGGAGUAAGUGUGGAUACCAGCUUUCGUGCUGAGAUAUCAACCCUUGGGAAGAUCAGGCAUUGCAAUAUUGUGAAGCUCUAUGGCUUCUGCUGUCACCAAGACUCAAAUCUGCUGUUGUAUGAGUACAUGGAAAAUGGCAGUCUCGGUGAACAUCUCCAUGGAAAUGAUCAAAGAUGUUUUCUAGACUGGAAUACACGAUACAAGAUUGCUCUUGGUGCAGCAGAAGGUUUGUGCUACCUUCAUUAUUACUGCAAGCCCCAAAUCGUCCACCGUGACAUAAAGUCAAAUAAUAUUUUGCUUGAUGAUGUUCUUGAAGCACAUGUGGGAGAUUUUGGCUUAGCAAAAUUGAUUGAACUGCCAUACUCAAAAUCCAUGUCUGCUGUGGCCGGCUCAUAUGGCUACAUUGCACCAGAGUACGCUUACACAAUGAAAGUGACUGAGAAGUGUGACAUCUAUAGUUUUGGAGUGGUUCUGCUGGAACUAGUUACCGGAAAGACACCAGUCCAACCACUGGAGCAGGGAGGAGACUUGGUCAAUAUGAUAAGAAGAGCAAUAAAUAAUUCAGUGGCAACGUCUGAAUUAUUUGACAAGAGGCUUGAUCUGAGUGAGAAGAGCACAACUGAGGAGAUGACUCUAUUUCUCAAGAUUGCAUUGUUCUGCACCAGUGUAUCCCCAGUUAAAAGGCCGACAAUGAGGGAGGUCAUUGCGAUGAUGAUUGACGCUAGGCGGUCCGUGACUGUAAGCAACUGCUCAUCACCAACAUCUCAGAGUCCUUUGGAUGAACAUCCUUCAAGAGAUUGUAUGGAGUUAUAGGCUGACUCCAUCUGCCAGAAAGGAUUGAACUCGCUGACUGUUCCUCUCUGUUGGAAUUUCUCAAAAGUAAAUAAAUAUUAUAUCUUAUGAUCUGCUUUGUACUAAUCAUCUGCUCCACCUCAAAUGUUAAAAUUAGUUUAGAAGCACCAUAUUUUGGCUGUGAAGAAUGCUUGUACCUGUCCCAAAAGAUAACAUA